GAGGCCAGGCUAUCCUGUGUUUCCUCAUUUUGUCUGUCCACUUGAGAGCCCAGCCCUGAAGAGAAAGGCUGACCAGAGGAGCCUGCCAUGGCACCCCUCAGGCUCUCCUGAGUACCCUGGUGGGAUCUGCACUCUCAGGCCUUUCCCUUGUUCCUGACCUGACAUUGGUCCUUCAUUCUGGAAUGGCUUUGGAGAGUUUUAUUGUUUUGUUUUCCACUCAAAUACGAAGAAGUCACCCUUUUGGUGACUGUAGGUGUGUGAUAGGUGCCUCCAUCUCCUGAUUCCUCUCUUUUGGACAUUCCUGACUCGGGAAAGAAUCACCUUUGGCUGGUACUGCAGUCAGUAGGAAUAGAAAGUUUUGUCUCUUCCAGGAUGGGACAAGAGAGACCUUGGGGAGAAGGUUUACAUGGAUGAAAAUCUGCAGUCUACUUGAGAAAAAAAGAGUUCACAGAUGGCUAAGGGAAGGCCCUGGAAAUUUGCAUUUCUCAUUUUUAUUUUUAUUUUUACUUUGUUGCUUUGAGAAUGUUUUUCUUGGAGAUCCAAAGCUGCUGAGGGGCAGGAACUUUGUGCUACCUCCUCCAUUUGGUGCUGACAGGGUGGGAGGGCCUGCUUAGUGUAGACUUGUUUUGGUGGCUUGGCUUGGCUGCUGUUCUGAAAGCAGAGGGCUCAGGUGUGUUGAAUGCUCAGGGUGAUUCUCACUCUCCUGCCUUCCCCUCGUGUGGCAGUUGUGAGGGAAAUGGAAGCUAGGAAUGAGCCCCUCCUCUCAGGUCUCAGGGUUGGUAGUGUGACCCUUUGUGACCUGCAAAAAUGCCUGAUGGAAACUAGAGCAAGCCCAGGAAGCCCCUGCCUGGGGGAACUCUGGGAUGAAGCUAGGGAAUCCUUCCACCCUCUUGAGCCUCAUGUUCCUUGUCUCACAGAACAGCCCAGAUGUCACUGUAGAGUAGUCUGUGUCAGGAGGUGCUAGACAAAUGCCUAUUUUGUCCAUCCUUUUAAGUCUGGGUCUCUUUUCUCUUUGUUGAUUUUGUGCCCUUUCUCCCCAGACAGACUCCUUCAGGAAGAACCUCUUUCUUUUUCCAAGUGGCAGUUCCUUCAGUUUCUAGAAAGACUUUCCAGCCAAGCUGGUACUUGAGGGGCCUUUCAAAAGCACCAGCUGAAGCCCAGGGGUUUGAGGUGACAGUCUCAGACCACAAUGUUUUGGGGAUGGCUGGUUCAUUUUGCCUCUUUGCCACGCCAUGUUGGGUGUGGCCCACACAGCCUGGUAGGUCCCAUCUCUCCUGGUAGUUUGCUCUCUUGUUUGGCACUCAAACACCUGAGCAUAAUCAGGAGGGCUCCUAGAUACCAUCAUCUGGCUGUGCUAUUUUCUGAUGCCGUUCAGACCCUUGCCUCUCAGAAGCCCUGAACAGAUGCCAUCAUUCCUGGGCCAGGGAUAAGUAGACAAGCCGUUGGCAGUUCUGGAUCCUCCAUGCCUGCUCACCCAACUCUUGUCUAAGCCCCUCAAGCAAGAUAACAGCUGUUAGUAAGCGCUCAGACAGGAUGUGUACAGUAUAUCUGUUUCAAGCAUAAUCCUCAACUGCAAAAGCUCAUCCCUGCUGUUCUGGAGGUGCUGGGCUGAGGUUCCUGGGCCUCUUUCCUAAUGUUAAAUGCUCCCUGGAAACAAGUAUUCGACGUUUAAAGCACAAAACAAAUGCUAAGGGUGGGGAAGGUGGGUGCUGUGUAACCUUGGUUGACCUCGGGCUUGAGUGAUUUUCCUGCCUCUACCUCCAGAAGGCUAGGAUUUACUUGCCUGCGCCAUAAUGCCCAAUCGGGCUUACUGCGUUUGUCCUGGAAUUAAUUAAGACACGUUAAAGAGUGUUUUGAGUUAAAAAUGAACUGAACGAAGGCUGCUUGUUGAAGGAGCCCAGCGAUGGUGUCUAGAUUUGAUCCCAGAGUCUUCUGGCUCCCUCACUUAUUAAAACAAAGAAAUGGUUGGCCUAUAUGGCUCUAAGAACUAUGAUGGUGGCAAUCUUAGCCUAAUUGGUGCUCUAUAAACACGUUUGAAUAACUACGUGCUUGUGGCCUAGUUUGUACUGGGUAGUCUGAGCUGAUGAUCGCAGUGGUUCGCUUGGCUCCUCGACGCAGGUGGAGCUCUUAGGAGAAGGGAGCCAGACACCUGGCGCUUACACCUGCGGGGUGGAGACAACGCGCCCGCACGCUGCGGGCUGGUGCUUCGGCUCAAUGGAGUCUGAGCUCUGUUCGGCCAGGAGGCGGGACCUCCAUUUCUAGCCAAUGAGAAACCUGCUUUCGGAGGGUGGGGCCUGCGAUCCAGCCGCGGGAGCAGUGGAGGAGCAGCUGAGACACCGCUAGCUCACGUCUCUGUACGUUCUGUCCCGAGGCUAUUUGCCCCGGACGGUCGUCCGAGUCUGUUGCGUGUGGGCAAAAAGGACCGUCGGUAGGGAAUAUCGCAGCGGCAACUCUGAGACGAGGCAGGAUCGCGCGCAGCCAUGACCGAGGCGGCUGCUGCUCCGGACUGGCAUGUGGGGACUGGCCUCCAACAACAGGCCCAGAUCCAGUCUGCGGAGAUCUCCCUUUUAGCCAUCCUGGCUGCUGUUCAGGCGGUGGAGAAGAAAACAGAGUCCCAGGCUGUCCAUCUUCAAAGCCUGGAAAUACGAACAGGGUCAGCUGAGAAGAGGCUGGCUGACUUUGAGAAGACAGCCAUGGAGCUCAGCAGCCAGCUGGAGGGCAAGUGGGCCGUGCUGGGGACCCUGCUGCAGGAGUAUGGGCUGCUGCAGCGGCGGCUGGAGAACCUGGAGAACCAGAUGCAAACCCAGAACUCCUGGGUCCUGAGGCUGCCCGCUAGCAGCAAGGAUGAAGCCCCCAAGGUUUCUAUAACUACUGAAGAGGUGGCUGAGUGUUUCCCUGAGCAACAGGAAGGCGGCCCGGAAGACUGGCAGAAAGAGCUCUGCAAGGACGUAGCAAAAGAGAGCCGUGAGGCGCUGGGUGCUCUGGAACCAGGCCAGCUGGAAUCCCCCCACAGUGUUCUCCCCUGGAUCAAGCAAGAGGAAGAGGCAUAUGAGAAGAGUCUGCGAGAGACAACCAGUGCCUAUCUGUGCUCAGAAACCUGGCUAGCUAACAAGAAAAGGAUCCUGGAAGGAGAGUCCGUGCUACCAGACCCAGCGUGGGCAACUGAAGGGAGCUCCAGCAAGGAGGACUCUGAGAGGAGAACCUGUGGGGACCUGCUCCCCUUUUCCAGAGAGAGAGAGGUGGCCUCCCUCCCCCGAGGCUCUCAGAGUCAGCCUGUGCCAGCUCCUGAGGGCACUGAGAAUGGCCAGGACUUCAUUGUCAAAGAGCUCAGCACUCAGCAUGCGCACCCACACCAUGGAUCUCCACCCUUUGCCAGUCUCCAGUGCCCCCAGAAUGCCACACAGCAGGUAACUCUCACCAGGAACCGUCGUGCAUCCACAGCCCAGCGUGCCUACACCUGUGUCCAGUGUGGCAAGAGCUUCGUCCACCAGUCAACACUUACCACGCACUACCGCACACACACUGGGGAGAAGCCUUAUAAAUGCGCUGAGUGUGAAAAGCGGUUUGGCCGCCUGUCCACACUGCUGGAGCACCAGCGCACCCACACGGGAGAGCGGCCCUUCCCAUGUGCACAGUGUGGCCGUCGUUUUGGGCGCCUGUCCACACUGGUGGAACAUCGGCGCACACACACGGGUGAGAAACCAUUUCCAUGCACCCAAUGUGACAAGCGUUUCACACGCCUGGCCAAUUUGACAGUGCACCAGAGUGUGCACUCUGGUGAGCAUGCUUUCCAGUGCACCCAGUGUGGCUCCUGCUUCACGCACAAACCUAGUUUCCUACGGCACCUGCGCAGCCACUCUCAGGAGAAGCGUUUUACCUGUGGCCAAUGUGGCAAGAGCUUCACCUGUCGCUCCUGGCUGGUGCGCCACCAGGGCAGUCAUGCCCGCUCAGCCUCCUCUGCUUACGUGGCUGGUGAGAAGAGCUCACCAAGCUUUGAGUCACCUACAAGUCUCCUUAAGGGUGCAGCUAGGGGAAAGUUUUCCAGUGACCCUUCUAUCCCCCCCAGAUCCAAGGAUACUAAGGCCAAUCAGGACCAUAAGGCCUAUGGCAGAGGUCAGCAGCUCAGCGACCAUGGUCAGGAAGGUCUGGUGGGAUCUCUGCAUAGCUGUCUGUCUGUAAAAAUGGAGAAUGCAGGGUAGCACCCAGAGAGUCCCUAAUGAGGCAACAUAGGGCUUCUAGGUCCCCUUGAACCCAAGCUGCCUCUCCUAAGGGACACUUCUUGGGUCAGAUGUGUGGCACCUGCCAUCUGUAGGCUUCCCAGGGGAUGGUUCUCUCCCAUGGACUGCAGGUGCUAAUUGCCCCUGAGAUUCUUGCUGCAGCGAAGGUUCCUGUCCCGAAAUGUUGCAGAAACAGAGGUGAAGGAAGAAUGAAGCAUGAGUAUAUCUGCCAGCAGCAGCAGAGGCCUUGACUCUGUGGCUCCCUGAUAUCACCAUCUUAGCAGUUCAGGCAGCAGCGUGGGCUUUUCACCCAGCAAGGGCUGCUGACAAGUUAGGAUUGCUACAAUUUUGAAAAGUUGAGUUGUUCUGCUUCCAUCUGAGCAACUCUAUUCAAAACUAGUUUCCAAGAGUUCCAGAGGGCAGGGCUGGGAAUGUGACUUACCAUUGUUCAUCUGGCAUGCAUGAUGGAACCAUGGUUCAGUCCCCACUUCAAGUUAAACUGGCUGUGAGGGCACCUACCUGUGAUCAAGCAUUCCUGUUAAUGCUGAAGGGUCAGAAGUUCAAGGUCAUGUCCCUGUUUAAAGAAACAAAAUAUCCCUUAGGAGUUCAGGACAGAGUUGGCAAAUACCCCACAUCUCGCCAGUGGCCCCAUGUUUUAGAAUAAAUGCAUGUGUGUUCCCGAGGGCUCCUUCUGGAGGGGAACUGUGUCAUUGUCUCCACUUUGGAAGAAUGUGGCUAAAAGACCUGUGCUGCUCGCUAUCUCUCUGGUCUUUGUCUACAUCUGGAGGUAGUUUUCACAUAUUCGCUUAAAACCUAUAAAUAAAUAUUUAGGAAGAACUGUAAACUCUCCCCCUUGUCCUGAUGAUCCUGCCAAAGUUUGCUUGUUUAUUUUGCAGUAAUAUUAUUUAGCUCCAGAUUUGGGUAACAGUGAGUUAUUUUCAACUGUGUGUCCAUGUUGAAGUUCUGAAAGAAAAAAUGAUGCAAAGCACCAUGGAGUCAGGCUUGGGUGGGGUGGCAGAUGGCCUGAAGGGCACUGUGACUGGGCCAUUGGAAGUACAACUGCCUGCAGCUCUGGCCUCGAUGGACACACACACAUGAAGCGUGUACAUGUCUGUCACGUGCACGUAGAUACAGAAGCUGUGGAAUGGGUGGUAAGUGCUGUCCAUAAGGUGGCCCCGUACACUAUUCACUUCCCGCCUCCAUAUUUAUAUAUUAACUUGCAUUAAUCCUGAGGUCUAUUGAUUAUAAGAUAACCUUUAUUUUCUACUUCUCUAAGCAAAAAAAAAAAUCUGUAGCCCUGUCCUUAUGAUUUACCAAUGCAAGUUAAGUGCAUCCCAGCUGCAGCUGUAUUCUCAGUGUGAGCAAAGUGUUAGGCUCUCCUGGGGAGAUCUUGAGCAGAUGUCUCCCCCCUCCCCAGGUGCUAGUGUCACCUCACUGUUACUUUGCAUCCUUUUGAGCCCUUUACAUGACACACACAUCCCACACUCAGCGUGGACCCUCAUAGCGACCCCAGUGCCAUUUUAAAGGUCCCAUAGUAGCCGGGCAUGGUGAUACACGCCUUUAGUCCCAGCGCUGGAGAGGCAGAGGCAGGCUGAGCUCUGGGUUUGAGGCCAACCUGGUCUACAAAUCAAGCUCUAGAAUAGCUAAGUCUUUACACAGUGAAACCCUGUCUCAAAAGGCAAACAAGAAAACCCACCCUUAGCAUGGAAAGUACUCCUUGAUGAGCAAAUGCCUCUGUAGAACACAAGUCCCCAGCUGCUCUGUCAUACUAGGGGGACAAGGACUUAGAAACUAGGCCUGUUCUGCAGUGCCUUCCUCAGGGAAGCGAUCACUUCCCAAACACCCAUCCGGGUGAGGACGUGAGGGUUCCUCCCUCACAAAGGGCCUGCAUCUGGUUGCAUUAAUCUCAAAGAAUGAACAAGUGUUUUGGGAAAGUACUAUGGGAGCUAGGACUAGAGCCUGGUAGAAUGUUUGCCUAAAAUUCAUAAAGCUGUGGAUUUGACCCCCAGUACCAUAUAAACUGGCAGCUAUGGUGUAGACCCGUAAUCCCAGCAGUUGGCAUGUGGAGGCCAAAUGAUCAAGUUCAUCCUUGGUUUCAUAGGGAAUCCAGGGCCAGCCUCACAAUUUGAAACGCUGUCUUAACAAGUCCUGAAGCCAGCCUGGACUAUGUAGUUUGAUCACCUCAGAAAAAAGUCUUAUGUGACAGGAACUGAAUGUUUGAAAACGGGAAGUGGGAUUGCUCAGGGACAGGGCAGGAACGACAAUCUAGUCCCGUGCGAAGGUGCUGGAGUUUGACUAGUCUGAAGUUUGAAGCCUGAAGAUGUUGGGUUUGGGAGAGCUGUGGAGAGAACAGGUCCCAUGUCUGAAGCUGUGGAGCUGGUAACGAAAGAAAAGCCUUUCCCUCUCUGCUUGAUCUACCCAGAAACGAGGCAGUCCUGCACACACAAAGGCCAAUCCAGGCUUUCCUCACCAUGAUGGACCAUAUGUUCUUAUACUGUGACCUAAGAUAAAUCCUUCCAUUAGAUUGCUUCUGUAGAUGUUCUGCCAGAAUACCACAAAAAUAAUUACUGUAUUCCCCUUCUGCUCUUUUGUUACUUAGAUAUGCUGAGUCCAUGUCUUGCAUUGCAGUAGCCCAGGCUGGCCUGAAGCUCCUGAGGUUUACAGUGUGAGGAACCCUGCUUGACUUCACUAUUUACAUUGGCCCUUUCUCUUUCCCUUCUUUGGCCUCCUUUCUUCAUAGCCCUUUGUCUGGCCUACAGCCAUUUAAUUAUCUUCCUCCAGGAGGACUGGGACCUUUUGUUCCUGAACAAAACCGCCUGACCUGCCUUAGAUAAUUACCAAAUCUAUUCACUAAGGAGUGGACAGAUAAGUGUUGUAAAGGCACUGGGUGUGGUGGCACACACCUUUAGUCCCAGCUCUCCAGAGGCGGAGGCAGGCAGAUCUCUGUGAGUUCGAGGCCAGCCUGCUCUACCUAUUGAGUUCCAGGCCAGCUAGAGUUACAAAAUAAUAAUACCUUGCCUCAAAAGCUAUGAAAACUGGCAAAGCUGAGGCGGACACUUGGGGUGAAGAUAGCAGAAACAUAUGUUUCAGAAGAAAGCUGUACUAUACCUUUUAUUCCGUUAUAGCUCUUCAUUCUCGACUUAUUUUAACACAUCUAGUUUCUUCUAUUUGCUUACAAGUCUCACCCCUGUCAUCAUCUGGUUGGUGCAGGUUGACUUUAGGCUUGAGUUUAUAAUUGGAAACCAUUAUACAAACCAGGAUUGCCGAUAUGCUGCUACAAUGUCCCUGUACUAUUCCUUUUAAGAUGGGUACCUGUUAUCUGUCAAAUUUCUAUAGAAAUAAAAUUAUCUGAAUCAUGUUAGCCCAGUGCUUUGAAGUCGGCACCUAUGGAGCAGUGAAACUGAAAUAAUAAGUUUUAGGCAGUCAUAG